GGAUGGUCAAGUAAGUCCACUGUUCAUUGAGUCCGCUCCGACAUCUUAUGAUUACAUGAAUAUUAUCGUUUUGGAAUACUCACAUUAACAUCUCCUUUGACAUAGAUCCACUGUCUUGCAGUGACAAAGGACACGCAUACUGGAAUGCCGAUUCUUCUUGUCGCCCAGCCAGGCCUGAAGUUUGUGAUGGUGGACCAUAAUGGAAACAUAUCCGAGCCAGUCACUCAAAUUCAAAGGGAUCCUCAGGCAGCUGUAACAACUACUGGGCCAGACACACCAACACGAGUUACUGGAAGUGGAGAUGUUGCAACAGAUAUUAUUUGUGGCACGCACUAUGUUAAUGGCGAAGAAAAAGAUAUUAUCGGGCUUAUGUCCAUGGAUGGCGCAUUUGCGUUGCAUGAUCUGGAAAGUAGCACAGUCAAAGUUCAUGAUCUCGACUCGACGCACAAAAUUUUUGGAUUCUCUAAACUCAACUUUGGGAAUGACUACCUGGAGCGGCAUAAUCAGGACUCAAUAAAGGCUCGAUCGGGAUACGGUCGGAGUAGUGAUCAAUAUGCAGACGAAAAUAAUUAUGAAGACGAUGACGACGAGGAUGCGGCCGAGAGCGAAGAUGGAGGCGCUGCUGCGGAGACUCAAACCCUGAUCCACAACGAAUUCGGCGAAGCAGAGGAUGGCACCCGUUACGGAAGGCGCAGGAAAUCAAGAAAAUCUAGGAGACCAGCGUCUUCAAUGCUGAUCUCGGAGCCGUUUGGUUCCAGAUUCCAGAAGAACGAUAUGUUUGUCGGAUGUUCAUGGAGCGGCAUUACGUUCUUCAUCGACCAAGAGUUCAACACAGCUCGGACAGUAUGCAGUUACACCAGGUCGGAACGAGCCUUGCCUGUUUUAUGUGGAUUUUGAAGACAAUAUCUUCGUCUACCAUAACUUGUACAUACAAACGGAGCCCUCAGUACCGUUUGAGGAUAUUGUGAAGAAAGAGCCAACCUUGGUAAGUCGGCGUCACUUUUUUCCUUUUCAUUUUCUUCAUCCCCUAGAAAAGACAUGGACAUUAAUUUUUUUUCUUUUGGUCA